AUGGCGCAUGGAGCAGACGCAGUGUUUAUCCUUGUCGAUUUACAUUUAAGGAUAUCUAAACAAGUUCUUCUUUCUUUGCUCGAAUAUGCCGUCGCGGAAAGCAAACCUAGGGAUACACCUGCCGAAAAUUGGACAAUAGACCAUUAUGUGAUCACGUACCUGACCAAAAUAGCAAGCACGAUAACUGGUCAAAAGAAUAUGAAACAGUUUGUUCCCGGUUUCGGUGUGAAAACGGAUCCUUCCAUAUGGCCAUUGUAUUUGAUGACGUUUGUAAUCGUAGACAUUGCUGACGAAAGAGUCGUGUCUACUGACAUCAAGGACAAGGUUCGACAAAUGACAAGACAUAGAACUGAACUAUACAAUUCUAUGUGGGAUAUCUCAAAUAUCUUUUUUGACAACCACGUAAGGGAGCUGCGGAUUAUAAUGGAAGACAUUUGUCAAUAUAUCCAGAGGGCGAACAUGAACAGUGAAAUAGAGAGAGAGAUAGAGGACAUUAUACGAGGCAAUUAUCGUCACGAUCCACACAUGAUCAACAUCUUCCAUGAGCAUCAGGAAAUGGAAAAGUCGUAUCGAGAGAACAUUAAUCACUUCACCGCUGAUGAGAUUAACUUCCACAAUAGAAUGGAACAGAUCAUCAGUAUCCUAGAACAGCAUCACCUUGAUGAUUUGUCCAGAGAUGCAAUGCCGAUUGCGAUUGAGAUCGCCGUGACAGGUUGCGGCGAUUGGAGGAAACACAGUCGGCUCAUCCGAGAGCUGACAAAUAUUAUCAACAACACUGACGAACCUGAAGGCUAUGAGCCGCUGUUCAGGGACCGGAACGCUGUCCGCAACGCUUUCGAUCAAGUCUUCUCGGACUAUGGAGAAUUUCUUGCACAAUCGGGAUGCAUACGAAUUGUUGUGCGUCCUCGUGAAAUCUCAAAAUUCUUCUGCCUUUUAAAUGCAUGUGUCGAAGGGGACCUAACACCAAAAUUGAAGCCAGUUCAAGACAUAGUUCGUGGAAUUCCAGGUUUUGAGCAAUUCGAGUACGAGGUCGUUCUGUACAGGGAUCAUUAUACUUGUGUGAUGGACAAUUUGGCUGGAAAAGUGAUAAAGGAACUCAAAGCUAAAGGGUUUACUUCGAAACCAACACGUAGCGAUAAGGUAGACACGUCAGACCAGGAAACUGUUCUUUUGACAGUAGCCUGUCACUCAUCAAGUGAUAGCCGCGCCUGUAGAAACGCCGUCUUGGAUGACUGUUUGCAACCGACAUUUGAUGUUCUUCAACAACAGCUCAAACAUGUUUAUCCCGACGUGACAUGGAGUUCCAGGCUCAUAAGUACCGAGGAAAACAUCUGUGCAUACCCGAAGAAAACUGUUGUUCGGUUGAAACCAAAGGGGACAUCGAACAAGACUAAUUUCACAUUCUCUGGAGAAAUUGACCUUCGUCUUCCAUCAGAUAGAAAAACGCCAUCAGUAACUGCGAUUUCUGUCAACGGGUCUGGACGCAUGGUCGCUGCCGAUUUAGGCAACACAUGUAUUAAACUUAUAAACACACAGUCCGGUGAAUGCAUGGGUAGUUCUGUAUCCACGUGUUGUAUUCCUUUAUGCAACACAGAGUGUGUCAAAAAAUACCGCCCAUGGGGUGUAAGUUUUAUUGAUGAGGAUCGAGCGGUAGUAUCUGUUCCGUCGGCAGGCAAACUCAUCUUCGUCGACACCAGGAACGAUCAAUUAAACGUUGUCAAAGAGCUGAUCAACCACAUGCAAUGUCGAGGACUUGCGUUUUGCCGCGGUCGUUUGUAUGUAACAUAUGGGUCACCGGAGAAGAAAGUAAGAAUACUAAACACCGACGAUACAAUCCUGAAAACGUUCUCGAACGAGUAUUUUUCUGAGCCAUGGUAUGUAACAGUCAAUGAAAACGACAUGUCUAUAUUUGUAUCUGAAUCAUUGAAUAAACGAAUCAUCCAUUUGAAUGACAAUGGAAUCCCGGUACACAUAAUGGACUUAAAACAAGUGAUUGAUGAGCCCCGCGGUCUUUUAUUUAAGGACGCUUCACGAUUAUGGGUGUGUGCCUACAGAUUUAACGGUAAAGAUUCUAUGGCUGAAAUCGAUUUAGACAACGUUGAAUGCAGCGAUGUUGUUGGUGAAGGCAUAGAAUUCCCCAUUGGUAUUCAGAUAGAUAGUAAAUCGAGUCUUGUUUUCGUUAGCAUGUGCAAAACCCCCAUUCUCCGCGUGCUGAAAUACGAGACAUGAAUAUACAAAUCAAAUGUCAACAAACAUGGAUACCAAAUAUUACAAUUUGACAUACAGUAUUGAUACAUGACCCUUAUGGGAUAUAUGACCUCGAUACUCGAUCUGUAUAC